CGGUUUUCUAGUCGCCCCGACGAGCUCCGACGUUCAUUCUGCCUCGAUCAGCCGAGCACACGAGUUCUCUGGCAUUCUCGGAGAACAGCUCUCGCGAGACAAACGUAGAGACAGAGAGAAAGAGAGAAAGGAAAAGAGAGAGAGAGAGAGAUACAAAGACAAGUAGACAAAUAGGGAGAGAGAGAGAGAGAGAGAGAGAGAAAUAAAGAAAGAUAGGGAGAGGAACGAUUCAAAGAAGAAAUUAGACAUCUCCGAGAAAGAUGAUCGCGUGGGUGGGACUGUUGAGCCUGUACUCCGUCGUUUCGCUGGCCGAUGCCUUGCCGACCAACAUGGCGCAGGACACCAUGGCGAAGAAGAUCGAGCAGACCAUGAGACCGAAACCCAAGAGGGCGCAGGAGAUGCUGAUGUUCGGCAACCAGCAGAACCAUCAACCGGAAGCCAGCGCUCCUGGAACUUACGCGUCCAACGCUGAAAAGAGAACACCGCUCUCGCCUUCCUCGGGUCUCGGCGGGCUGAAGGUAGCGUUGUCGGAGGAGGAGGCCGCUCGCUCGAAGAUGCCUUCGAACAAUCUCUACGACCGCGACAGCUACUCCCCUUACGAGAAUAAUUACGAGAAGAAUUUCGAGAAGAAUUACGAUUACGGAAAGGUUCUGGUGAACGAGCUGGGCCAGGACGUGUCCAACAUCUGGGACGUGCCGCCUUAUUCGCGCUACUAUCUGAACGAGGACCGCCGGAAGAGGUCCGAGAAAGCCGCGAUCGGGUCCACCACCGUGAAACCGGUGACCGCAUCCUAUCAGUCGGCCACCCAGACGUCCACCCAGCAGUCGGUGCAGUCGCAGGUCAAGCGAAGCGUGCCGAUUUACCAAGAGCCGCGAUUCAAGAGGGAAGUGAAUAUCGAUCCGGAGGAAGUGUUGACCCUCCUGUCCCUAUGGGAGAACGAGCGUCGCAACCGAAACUGGCACAAGUACAUGAACGAGGAGUACGAGAACAUAGACGAGGAUGGCAAUCUUCUCGAGGAGGAGGACCCGCGAAACGCCCUGCCCUGGAUGGACUCGUCGAUGUACCCGCCUCGCCGUUACAACGUCGACUCGUUGUCGCCGUCCGACAUCGGGAUCGUUCGCACCCAUCCGCCGAGCUACUACGAGCAGUUCGGGAACCAGUACGGCCAACAAUUCGAAUCCGCGUCCCAAUACGCGGACAGCCCCCAGUACGGCGUCGUCUAUCCCCAGCAGACUUACUACAACGCCCCGGAGAAGAGGUUCAUGGUCACCAGAAAACGGUCGCAGACGUACGACCCGUACUCGAGCGCCGGCCAGUACCAGAUGAGCUCGCAGACACGGGGAUUCCCGUAUCAGCAUCGUCUGGUCUACUAAGUUCGGCCCGACCUCGACUCGACCACCGAAAGCCGAACACGGGAGCCGAACGACGCCGACCAGGAACGAAAUUAGCAAAUUACCGUAUUUCGGGGGAGCGGCAGAGAGGACGAUCGAGAUCGGGAGGAGGCGAUCCAGGGAGAGGGAUCGAACGCGGACACCGGCUGCUGACGUAUUUCGGAGACUCGCGCGCGCGCCGCGCACACGGGAACCUUUGAUUUUUCGCUGUUCUGUCUUUGUUGUGCGCGCGGCGAACGGCGAGCUCGCCGGCGAACAGGAAAGGCGGGAAAGGAUGAGAGAAAGAAAGAAAAGACUACUCGUUAUAUACUUUAAGAGAAAAAAAAAACACGGUGCUCGAAAAGACUUUUUCGCUUCGCGGGGGCACGCCGAAGAGCGUCGAACGGAGAACACUGGAAUCGUGUGACCACGGCGCUCGAAUGUUCGUCGAUCUCCUCGGGCGCCGCUGAGAGAAGACAGGGCGAAGAUUCUGAGACAGAUGAAAAGUCUCUUGUCGCCGCACUUCGGCGCGCUCUCGCCGACUCGCGCACUCGCGCAUUCGCGCAUCCUUCCGCUUCGAACGAUGAGGUCGUGUUCCGGGCUGCUCGCAGCGUUUUAAACUCCUGGCGCGUGCAAACGCCAAGGUCCGAGCGUACCGUGGCGCGAGCGCCAUGACUGAAAUCCUUUAAACGAUCAUAAAUAGUAUUCGAAUCAAACUAUUCCUCGGGCGCUCGGUUUACACCGGGAGCAGGCUUUCUUUUAUCCGAUGGAGAUGAUGCUUAGGAUCGAAUGGACGGUCUUCGAGAGGCCGAGACAGGGGAAAUUAAGAUGCUCCAAGUACAAACUUUCUGAACGGCUCGACUCCGAGGGAAUGGAAAACAAUUGGAGCAAGAGCAAUUGAGGAAACUCGUUCCGUAGACCGAAGAAAGAAAUAACGAUAGAAUAAUCGAGAGAGAGAGAGAGAGAGAGAGCCGAAAGAAGGCCGUGAGAAAGGGAGAAGAGGAUGGACAAUAGUCGAAAGGGAAGGGUUGCGUAGAAGGAAACGGUUCGACGCCGAUUGUUCGGCGUCGAAACGCUAAACGACAUAUCUUCUAUUUCGAUUCACGCUUUAUACUCCGAUCCCGCUCCGACUAAACGUUCCCCUAGACUUUUUACUGUUAUAAUCGUCAAUUAAUUUCCUAGCCGUGUCUACGGUCACCGAUUGAUAACCACAGCCGAUAGCCGAUAGUCAAUGGACGAGAAUCCCUUCGUCGUCGUAAUUUACUCGAUGGUUCGAUCAGCGUCCAAAUGAGCUUAAUACAUUGUAAGAGAUAAUUGAUCCUGAUACGAGAAUAAUUGAAUAUCGUUUUAUAUGGGACGUUGUUCUGAUGAAAUGGUAUAUUGUUCUCGGUGUACCUUUUGUUAUCAAUUUCAAGAAGGUAGUCACUUUUCGAUGGGGCGAUGAUCGUCGAAGUUCGCCGAUUCUGUAUUUUAGAGCAUACGUUUUUAUGUGCGACGAAUUUUAGUUUUAUACACGACGCUGACGAGAUCAAAGGUGUAGUAUCGGCUGCGACUGUGGAUGUCGAUCGGUUCUCAGUCCUAACGAACACCGUUUCAACGACGUCAACUACUUAUUAUGAACAUACUCGACAGCGGCCAACCGUCGACCGUUUUACUUUACAAUGGAUUCUAUGUGUGCGUACUAUUUAAUAAGUAUCGUCUAAACGUGUAAACUUUCGAAUUCUAUAUACGUGUGCAGUCUCAAAAUCAAAAUGUAAAACUCGAAAAAAAGAGUCACGGAAAGGAACAAGAGAAACUUGUGCCGGCGAUGAAAAUCGAUGAGAAAACAGAAAGACGUAAUAGAAGAAACGGAAGAGGCAAAAGAAGAAGAAGAAGAAGAAGAAGAGAUCGUGUGUCACCCGUGCGCCGUAAAUAUUUUUCAAACCCAUGGUGCUUUUGAUCGAACGAUAUAUAAUAUUGUAAAAUGAUAUAAAAGAGAAAUAAUAUUAAUAACAACAAUAAUAAUAACAAUAAUAAUAAUAACAACAAUAAUAAUAAAUAACUAUAUUCUAUUCAAACGUAUUAGUUCCUAUAGCCUACAGCGUCUAGUAUGCUAUCCCAAUUAUUUUCAAAUUGCAAUCUCCCUACGCUGAAGAACGUUCACCUAUAGCUUCAUAGAAUAUAGAUUUUUCGACAUGAUUUCAAUUUUAUUUUCAUUUUUAUGAUUCGAAAACUAAGGGGAGAGCUCCAGCAACACGCCUAUAAUAAUUUCUCGUGUAUUUGGAAUAUAGUUAAUCAGUUAUCAAUAUCAAUAUCAACUAUCAAGCCAAAUGAUUCGCGCCGCGUUUUGCAGGAAAGGCAAUUCGGCGCGACUUUAUUAAAUUAUCCACGGAGCAAUGUCGGUAAUACAAUCGUUUGUCGAUAAUAUGAUUAACAGUUUGAGCUUUUUGCCACUAAGCCUCUGGAGGCUUGGCGCUAUACGGAUCCUGAAUGAAGCUUCAUGAUUUUGCCACAAGAGUUACCACUAUCCCAAUUGUCCUUACUCGGUUGGUUAUAUUGUUCAAGGCUUUGAGCAUUUUGAAUGUUGAAUAUUUUAGUUUUUUAAGAUUUUGUUAAUGCAUGCUACGGUAAAGUUAAGUAAAGUUUCGAAUAUUGUCAAUCGCUGUCCAAAUUGGGAUUAAUAAAGUAAUGUGCUAUUAUUGUUAAAAGCAAA